UUUACCAUUUAGUACUCUGGCGGUACUGCACCAUUGCAGUCACGCGAUAGUACCUGUCUACCUUGAGAAUACUCGGGAAUUAUUUGUUCUUCGUUUUUAGUGACAUAACAAAAUAAUAAUUUGUUUUUUUGUUAAAAAUUAAGUCAAGAUGCCGUUGGACAAUGACGUCUUGUACGAGCUGGACUUGAAAGAUCCGCCCCAGCAACUGAUGGACUGGGCUAAAGAGAACAUUCGAGAAAAUUCGGAUACUAAAUGCAUGAUUUUGGAAGAUUUUCGAGAUAUAAUUUUCGCACGAGGCGAAUGUACACCGCAUAGGACAGACGAUGCGUUUUUGCUCAGAUUUUUACGAGGUCGAAAAUUUAAUGUCGAGGCCGCCCAUAGAUUGUUCGUCAACUACUACAACUUCAAAGAAGCCAACCCGGAAUUCUUCCAAGCGGUCAACUUGAAAAAACUCUUACAAAUCGGCUGCGAUGACAUCAUAACGGUACCACCCUACCGGGAACAAACCGGCAGAAGAAUCCUGUUGUACCGAUGGGGCAAAUGGGACCCGGAAAAGUACAGCGUGACCGAACUGUUUCAAGCCACCAUGGCCAUCUUAGAGUUGGCCAUUUUGGAACCGCGCGCCCAAAUUUUGGGCGGGAUCGGGCUUUUUGACAUGUCGGAUUUGACGUUGAAUCAAGUUUAUCAUAUGACACCCAGUGUGGCGCAUAAGAUUGUGCAGAUUUUAGUGACGUCGUUCCCGAUGAAAAUCCACGCCAUCCAUGUAGUUUUCCAGCCCUGGAUAUUUGACAUCGUUUAUCGCGUAUUUCAGCCCUUCAUAACUGGAACGAUGAGGGAUAAAGUUUUCUUCCACGGGGAAGAUAUGGAAAGUUUGCACAAGCACAUCGAUCCGAAACAUUUACCACAAACGUAUGGUGGAAGACAUCCAGAUUACGACUAUGCGCCCUGGAUCGAGGGAUUCAGCAACAGCGAACAAAUCAAGCAAGAACUGACGAAUUUGGGUUACGAAAUCGACGACGCCGAUCUCGAAGAGUACCGAAGCGACAGCGACAAAUCGGAAAAUUUAUCCGAUUAAAACGAUUAUAAAACCAUAUAAAAUAAAUUGAGGAUUAAAAAGAAAACAUAAAAAUUAAAUUUAAACCUUCUCUUAAGU